AUGUCUUGGCAAGCAUACACAGAUAACUUGACUGCUACUGGCAAACUCGAUAAAGCAGCAUUGUACUCGAGAGCAGGUGACUCAUUAUGGGCUCAAACUGGAUCAUUCCAAUUGCAACCAAACGAGAUUACUGAGAUUGCUAAUGGAUUUGACAAUGCUUCCAACUUACAGAGUCAUGGUUUACAUGCACAAGGUCAGAAAUACUUUUUGUUGAGAAACGAUGAUAGAUCGAUUUACGGUAAGCACGAAGCCGAGGGUUUGAUUUGUGUUCGAACCAAGCAAGCGAUAUUGAUUGCUCAUUACCCUAGCGGAGUGCAACCUGGUGAAGCUACUACCAUUGUUGAGAAAUUGGCUGACUACUUGAUUGGGGUAGGAUACUAA